AAUGGCUGUAUAAAGAUGAUGGAAACCUCUUACCAAUAAUAAUAAAUUUCUGUAUGAUAAUAAGGAAAAACCUAUUACCAGAAAAACAUUUCUGCAAUGUCCAAUGAAGCUACUGUCUCCUCAGGUCACCGAUUUUUUACUCUUCACCAUCAACUCGCUCCUAACUCAGCACUGAACUCGGUCACUGCUUUUUCAUCUAAGGUUCAUAUUUGUGCUGAAUGGUGGUGGCAAUGGGUUCAGCUUGCUUCCAAUGGAACUCUGUAUCAAAGAGCCAAGGGAUAUAAUUUUAAGUCAGUUGCAGUUAAGAAGACUUCAAAAACAUUAGAAAAGCUGACAUCGUGGACUGAUCUGUGCAACGUGACUGUUUACCUUCGUAACGUGGCAGUCACAGUGUUGUUAAUUAAAUUUGACGUGGCAGUGGCAGUGAUUAAAAAAUUCUGAGUUAGGGUUUGGGUAUUCGAAAUCGCAAUUUGGGGAUAAGCAUCUUGGAGGAACUGGAAAUCCAAAUUGGGUGAUCUUGAAGGUGAAAUCUACAGAGCAAAUCCAAUUCCGCAAAUCAGGGUUCGGGUAGUGGUCCACCAUGGUGGGACCUUGAUCAAAGAAGUCCCCUUUAAUUAUAUAGGCGGGGAGAUAGUUAAUUGGGACGUAGACCCCGAUAAAUGGUGUUAUUUUGGAGUAUUAGGUUCACUUAACCAUAUGGGUUACAUGCAAGUAGAAGAAUUAUAUUAUAGUGUCCAAGAUGUUCUACAUAAGGUUGAUGAUGAUAAAGGAGCUAUGAACAUGGUGAAUGUGGCUAAGUAUUUGGGGAAAGUGAACCUGUAUGUUGUGCAUGGGGUGGACGAAGCAACUAUCUUAGAAAAUGAUGAGAAUGAGAUUCUUUUGGUAUGUGAAGGUCAUGUAGAGAGUGGUGAGAGUAGUGGCGUAGGAGGAGAAGCACAUGUUGAGGGUGGUGAAGAAGGAAUUACAGACGUAGUGGAGGGUGCAGUGGAGGUUCAGAAUGACUAUGCAGUGGAUGUUGACAAUGAGGAUGUACGGGAUGUUGACAAUGACGAUGCAUUGGAGGUUCAGAAGGAGGAUUUACUAGAUGUUGACAAUGAGGAUUGGUUGGAUGUUGAGCAUGACGAUGCAUUGGAGGUUGAGAAGGAGGAUUCAGUGGAUAACGAGGAUGUUGAGCAUGAGGAUGCAGAAGAUGAUGAGGUUGCAGUGGAGGUUGAGAAUGAGGAUGAAGUUGAGGAUGUAAGUGAAGAAGCAUUGGAAGUGGAUAAUGAGGCUGAAAUUGAGGUCGAAAGUGAACAAGUACUUCACGUGGACAUUCAGGAUGGAGGGGAGGUUGAUAGUGAAGAAGAAGUGGAAGUGGAAGUGGAAGUGAACAGUGAUGAUGAAGCAGGAAUGGAUGAUCUGAGUGGUGAUGAAUAUGUGGAUGAAGACAGUGAAAAAGAAACCCAAUAAUGUAGGGGUUUGUCAGAUGAUGAUUGGGAGUCUGAUAAGCUUUUAACUCCUGAAAAUAGUGCAAGUGAGGAGGAUGACAAUGAUGAUACAAUAUAUGUAGGUCCUUUCUCAAAUUAUGCAAAACAGAAGUCCAUGGCAGAUUACAAGUGGGAAGUGCGCACUGUUUUUACUAACAGGGAAGAGUUUAAGGAUGCUAUUAGAAGGUAUGUUGUUCAUGCUGGGAGGGAUCUAAAAUUUAUCAAAAAUGAUAACCGUAGGGUGAGGGUGACAUGCAUGGGUGGCCAAGGUAAGUGCCCAUGGCUAGUUUAUUGUGGUUAUUUGUCAUCACGAAAAAUUUGGCAAUUGAGGAAGAUAAUUGAUACUCAUAGUUGUAGUAGGCAACUUAAUAUUAAACUGAUGAAUGCUAAGUGGUUAAGUCAGGAAAUAGAUAGAUCUUUAGUUGAGAAUCCUAGUUUAAAGGUCAAUGAUAUUCGUACUAAAGCAUUAAGAAAAUGGAAUACAAAUGUUUCAAUAUCCAAGGCAAGAAGGGCAAAGUUAAUUGCCACAAGACAGGUUGAAGGAGAUUUCAAAGAACAAUAUAAAAGGGUGUACGACUAUGGACAUGAGCUGUUGAGGUGUAAUCCAGGGUCAACAGUGCAGAUUAAAGUUGACUCUCAUAAUGGUGACCCAAUCUUUCAAAGAAUGUAUGUUUGUCUCAAAGCUUGUAAAGAUAGUUUCAUAAGCUGUAUGCCCAUUAUAUGUUUAGAUGGAUGUUUUUUGAAAGGUGUUUACAAGGGGGAGUUGCUGACUGCUGUUGGUAGGGACCCAAACGAUCAAAUGCUACCCCUUGCCUAUGCAGUAGUAGAAGUGGAGAAGAAAGACAACUGGACAUGGUUUUUGUAAUUGUUAAUUGAAGACCUCGGGGGCACUGAUGUAUGUGGAGGGUGCACAUGGAUGUCAGACCAGCAGAAGGGGUUAGUCUUAGCUAUCCAGGAGCUUCUGCCUCGGGCAGAACAAAGAUACUGUUUAAGGCACCUUUAUGCAAACUUUAGGAAAAGGUUUGGUGGACAAGUAUUAAAAAAUCUGAUGUGGAGUGCUGCAACCACCACAUAUCCCCAGGCUUGGGAGAGAGAAAUGCUGAAAAUUAAAGAAGUCAAUGUUGAAGCAUAUAAAUACCUCAUAGCCAUUCCCCCUAGGUUUUGGUCAAGGUCUCGCUUCACAGGUCAACCAAUGUGUGAUACCCUUGAUAACAACAUCACUAAAGCUUUCAACAAUGUUCUCAUUCAUGCAAGAGGAAAACCAAUUAUCAUAAUGAUGGAGGAUAUCAGAGUGUAUCUCAUGAAAAGGUGGGCCACCAAUAGAAGCAAGGUGACAUCUAUGGACUUCACAAUAUGCCCAAAGAUAAAGAACAAGCUUCAGAAAGAAUGUAAUUUGUCAAGAUUUUGGCUGCCAAGAUCUUUGAGGUUAGGCACAGUUCAUCCGUUGGGAACAAGUUCACAGUGGAUCUGGACACUAAAGAGUGUAGCUGCAGAAAGUGGAUGAUCAGUGGCAUCCCAUGCUGUCAUGCAAUUGCAGCAAUGAACUACUGUAAUGUUGAUCCAGACAAUUUUAUACCCACUUGCUUCAGAAGAUCCACAUAUGAAGAGGUGUAUGCGUCCAUAAUUUUUCCACUCAAUGGUCCCCAACUGUGGAAAACCACAAAUUUCAAUGAUGUACUACCACCACUGAUAAGGAAGUUGCCUGGGAGGCCAAAGAAAAAACGGAAGUUGGAGGCAUGGGAGUUAACUAAGGACAACACUCAAAUGCGUGUUGGAGGGCAUAGGAAAAAGUGUACCAUUUGCCGUCAGACAAAGCACAACAGGAAUAACUGCCCUUUACAGCCCCAACCAGCAGAAGCAACCUAACCACCAGAAGCAACCCAGCCAACACAAACAACCCAGUCACCAGAAACAACACAACCAUCACAGCCACCUCCAAGUUCCCAAUCAUCCCGUCCAACAAAAUUCAGAGUUAGAAGAAAAGAUAGAUAGAUAGAUGAAUUGGUUUAUUAUGUACUAUACUAUCUUUAUUUUGGUCAUAGACAUGUAUUGUCUCUUUAGAUGAAUUGGAGGUUAUAUGUAUUCACUAUCAUGUACUUUGGUGACAAACAUGUACUGCCUUUAUUUAAUGAAUCAAAGUGGUUUCAUCAUGUUUUGGUC